UUAUGAUUUCGCCGAGGUUUCUUGGCUUUUUGUUUGUGUUUGUUUUAUGAAUGCGGCAAAUGGAAAAUGGAAAUUGAAAGAGAAAAAUUGCAUGAUGCAGCCACUAGAUGCGGUUUCUUGUCGAGGGAUUUGCUAACUUUUCUAGUGGCUUUCUAAAAGGUUGUUCUCAUGGUUAAAGGUCUGAGGGAAAAAUCCUAACAAGACCCAAGCAGGCUGUUUUUUUUAAUCCCCACAAGUCCCUGUCACAUUUCCCAAACACAAACUACUCACUCACUUCUCCUUGUGCCUGUUUCGACAACAAAAACGUUCACAUUGCUAAAGUUUAAGAAACAAAAUAUUUAAGUUAAUUAUUAAAAAUACAAAAACAAAAAGAAUCCAGGAUGUCUUAUGAUAUGAAAUCUAAAGAUGAAGAUCAAUCCUUGCGUUGCCUGCACUGCAUGAAUGAGGUUCGAUGUCCCCGCCACGGUACUGACGGUCUAGUCCGUCACAUCGAAGAACAGCAUUCGGAUUUAUUUGCCUCGACUGGUGCCAGGAACCGAAAGAAUUUGUUUGAUCUCGUUUCGGCACCAAAAAUUGGCAAGGAUAGCGCCUCGGAAGUUAUCAAAUUGAUUUGUGUUGCAAAGUCGCCAUCAAAGGAGAAAAUCGUGUUUUAUUUUGCCAAAGAGAUUUCGGAGCGACAGUGGGACAUCAAAUUAAGGAAAAUAAAUUAUAAUCAAGCCUAUAAGAAGCCCAAGCCCAAGGACUAUUCUCCACCGAAAGUCAGGUUUCUUAAAUGUCCCAAUGAGGUUUCAUGUCGCAAAGUCAAAGAUUGUAUACAUAUUAAAAACAGGGAAACUUCUUCCAAACCCAAGGAAUUUUUGUCGAAGCCCAAGGAAUCCUGUUUAAAAACUAAGGAUCCUCUCCCUGAUAUGACUUUUCGCAAGAAAUCCUAUAGAUCUUCCGUAAGACAUUGGUCUGCCCUGGACGGAAGACUCUUCUGUCCAGCUUGCAGCUAUAAGAAACGUCCCAUAAUCAAAUAUGCCUCGGAAACGAAUUCGGGAUGGUAUUCCUGGACAAUAUGUUUUCUACCUUGCCUGAUGUCCUCCGAUAAUCAAGAGUAUUUAUAUUGCCGAAAAUGCAGUAACUUUUUGGGUAUCUAUAAUCGUGAGAAAAACAUGAUUAAGCCUAAUAAGGAGUAUUUCUGAGAGUCAUACUUUUUUAAUGCUAAUCUUUGUUAUGCAUUUUCCAUUUUCCAAAAUUGUUUGUUUCAUAGAUUUUGAAAUAUAAAUUUCAUACUUUGUGGUUA